GGGGCGCCGGGCGGCGCGGCCCUCGGCCCCGGCGCGCUGCCGCGGCGCUGAGCCCCCGGCCCUGCCCGCGCGGAGGAGGAGAGGAGGAGGAGGAGGAGGAGGAAGGACCCGAUGGCGAACAGCAGCGAGCUGGGGAGCAGCAGCAGCCCGCACCUGCCCAACGCCGGCGGCCUGCUGAGCGCCUCCGGGCUGAAGCUCGCCACGCUGGGGCUGAUCCUCUGCGUCAGCCUGGCCGGGAACGUGCUCUUCGCCUGGCUCAUCCUCAAGGACCGGCACCUGCACCGCGCGCCCUACUACCUGCUGCUGGACCUCUGCCUGGCCGACGGGCUCCGCUCGCUCGCCUGCUUCCCCUUCGUCAUGCUGUCGGUGCGCAGCGGGGCCGCCUGGCCCCACGGGCCCCUCAGCUGCAAGGUGCUGGCCUUCCUGGCCGUGCUCUUCUGCUUCCACGCCGCCUUCCUGCUCUUCUGCGUGGGGGUCACGCGCUACAUGGCCAUCGCCCACCACCGCUUCUACGCCAAGCGCAUGACGGGCUGGACCUGCCUGGCUGUGGUGUGCAUGGUGUGGACCCUCUCCAUGGCCAUGGCCUUUCCCCCCGUCUUUGACGUGGGCACCUACAAGUUCAUCCGGGAGGAGGAACAGUGCAUCUUCGAGCACCGCUACGUCAAGGCCAACGACACGCUGGGCUUCAUGCUCAUGCUGGCGGCCGUCAUCGCCGCCACCCACCUGGUCUACAUCAAGCUGCUCUUCUUCAUCCACGGCCACCGCAAGAUGAAGCCGGCCCAGCUGGUACCGGCCAUCAGCCAGAACUGGACCUUCCACGGGCCGGGAGCCACCGGCCAAGCGGCUGCGAACUGGACGGCUGGCUUUGGCAGGGGGCCCACGCCGCCCACCCUCGUGGGCAUAAGGCAGGCCACCCACAGCCAGAUCAAGAGGCUGCUGGUGCUGGAGGAGUUUAAGAUGGAGAAAAGGCUCUGCAAGAUGUUCUACAUGAUCACCUUGCUCUUCCUGCUGCUCUGGUCCCCCUACAUUGUGGCCUGCUACCUGCGGGUCUUCAUAAAGGCCAGCUCCAUCCCCCAGGUGUACCUGACCACCUCUGUCUGGAUGACGUUUGCCCAGGCAGGGGUCAACCCAAUCCUCUGCUUCAUCUUCAACAAGGAGCUCAGGGUCUGUCUCCGAGCCCACUUCCCAUGCUGCCAAAGCAUCCAGAGCACCCAGGGCACCAUCCUUUGCGAUCUCAAGAGCUUUGGGAUGUAGGGGGGCUUUUCUCUUUCUAAAAAAAGAAAGAUGGAUAUAAAUUUCCAUGUUUCUGCAUAUGAGCUCAAGAGAGUGUGACCUGUGGGGGACAUACUAAACCACCACCCAGCACCCAAACCUUAGGCUGUAAGAAGCUAUUUUAUUUAUUUUUCUAUAUUUUGCGUAUGCUCUCUUCAGAACAUAACAGGUUGCUGUCUAUGGGAACAGGUACUUGAGCAGAACACCCCCAAACCUUAGGCAGUAAGAAGCUGUUUUUUUCUUUGUGAUUGUGUGGUUUUUAAAAACAAAACAGGGCUCCGAGUUUCUGGUCUUGCUUCUAACGUUUCUAAACAUGAUUCCAACAGAUACGGAUUAAGGCCAUGACAUUUUUUUUUGUUUCCCUAUUCCUGUCUGUUUUGAUAAAGGCUUAACAAUUUUACUCAUGUAAUAUUUGAUAAGGGCCAAGACAAUUUUAUACUAAAGUUAUUUUUGAUGACCUCAAGAGGUGUUGUUUUAUUAUUAUUUGAUUUUAAGUGAAGAACAUGAAGAGGACGUUCCUAAUGUGGUCAGAAGUCAGUUUUGGUGGGAGCUGUUGGGUUCAUUCAUUCUCAAAUGGUUUGAGUAUUUGAAGCCGUUAGUUAUAACUUUUGCUUGACAUGCAAACAGUGUAGAACUAAUUUCAAAUUUUCUUGUUGCACUAUUAAUUUGGUAAUAUUUCAGAACUAUUUGUGAAACGUGAUUUUAAAAUACCAACUUUAAAAAUAAGCAACUAUAGCAGUUUUUAAAACCUAGAUUGAAAUUCAUAUUUUACUGCCUUUAUAGGAAGUUAUCUACAAACCUGGGUAAUACUUGUACAUUUUGACUGUUUUCUUUAAUAAAAUAUUGAAAACCUU